UGUACGCACAUAUGACACUAGCGGCUAAGUACAGUCGGCACAGAUACUAAAAGAACAUCUCAUAUUAAGCUUUUCGUAACUUAUCGAGUUGAAGAGAUGUCUGGUGAAAUGUCCAUAUUAGGUUCUGUCAUCCUUGCUUUAUUUCUAGCGGGGUAUUUGGGGCAACAGUAUCUGCCUCCUCCAACGCCCAGGGUCAUUGGUUUGGAUCUUGGAACAACAUUUUGCUCUGUGGGAGUGUUUCAUCCUGGCACAGGGGAGGUCGAAGUUAUAGUGGAUGAGAAGGGUCACAGAAGCAUCCCUAGCGUGGUUUCAUUCACCCCCACUGGUGUGUAUUCUGGUCACGAGGGACUGGAAUUAUCCGACAUACCUCCUCAAAACACAAUCUACGAUGCCAAGAGAUUCAUAGGGAAGAUUUUUGAACGCGAGAAUUUAGAGCAAGAGAGCGCACGGUAUCCGUUCAAGGUAGUGUUUAACAACGGGAGUGCCGAAUUUUUGGUUUCUACAAAUAGCACCUUCACAGUUACUCCCGAAUUCAUCGGAUCCCGGCUCCUGCUGAAAAUGAAACGGACGGCAGAGAAACAACUGGGAAUUCUUAUUGAAAAAGCGGUCAUAUCGGUGCCGGCAGAGUUUGAUGAGAGGCAAAGAAACUACACAAUAAGAGCUGCCAACCUCGCUGGGCUGGAGAUUUUGAGGGUGAUCAAUGAACCCACUGCAGCAGCAAUGGCUUAUGGACUCCAUAAAGCAGAUGUAUUUAAUGUGCUGGUGGUGGACCUGGGAGGUGGAACACUGGACGUGUCUCUGCUCAAUAAGCAGGGUGGCAUGUUCCUCACCAGAGCAAUGGCUGGUAAUAACAAGCUCGGCGGCCAGGACUUCACCCAGCGUUUGUUGCAGUAUGCAACAGAUCGAGUGCGGCAGCAAUACGGUGUUCCCCCCACGCUCAAAGACGACAUCCACCUUCUCCGACAGGCCGUGGAGGUGGCCAAGCUCAACCUCACCAGGGAAUCUCAUGUGCUACUCAAAGUUCCUCUUCGCCUGCAGACGACGGGUGAGAAAGGGGAGCAGGAGGAGAAAGUCCUGUUUCAAGAAGAGCUGACUCGUGAACUCUUUGAGGAGCUAAACGCAGAUCUCUUCCAGAAGAUUUUGGCACCCAUUCGGACGGUGCUCUUAGAGGGCCAUUUAGAGAAAGAGGAGGUGGAUGAGAUCGUUCUGGUUGGAGGGUCUACGAGGAUCCCCCGCAUUAGACAGAUUAUUAAGGAGUACUUUGGCAAGGAGCCAAACACCUCUGUGGACCCUGAUCUUGCCGUAGUGACUGGCGUGGCUAUUCAGGCAGGCAUCAUGGGCGGCUCUUGGCCCCUGCAGGUCAGCGCUAUUGAAAUUCCAAACAGGCACCUUCGCAAGACCAACUUCAGCUGAUAAAGAGACUAGAAUUUCUGCUUUGUUACAUGACUGAUGUGUGCCAGAAAACCAAAUCCUGGUUAAAUGACAUAUGUUUUAUGACUUUUUCUUUUAUGCAUUAGCUUUGCAAUUCUUGUCAUCGAGCCAAAAAUAACAGUUCCUUAAGUAUUUGUACUUGUAGUUUGGACUUAUUGGCCUAACUUUAUCAUCAACAGAGUCUGGGUAUUUAUAAAGUUCAGUCCAUUAUAUAACGUUUUUCUCCUGUUAUCCUGAGGAAGUGACUCCUUUGGAUUUUAUUCGCAAUGACUGUUGGUUAGUUUAUUGGCAUCUUUGUGCCUAUUUACUGUAAUUACUGACUGUGCAAUAAGCCUAUUUGUAAUUGGACUCAAUGACACUGUUUUCAGGGAAUAGCUCUUUGUAUGUUACUGUGACUUAUCAUUCCAGUCUCUAUUUAUUUAUUUAUUUGCCAAGUUAGCUGUUUGUUUCAGCUAGCUGUUUUCUGUUUACUGGAGCUUUGCUUGUGGCUUUAUAGCAUAACCAUAGUCUGCUCAAUGUAAACAGCAGAUUAAGCAUUGUUUUUAUGUAUGUCCAGUUUUUAUCCCCAAAAACGUUAAAUAGAGUUAAGAGUUUAAAAGAUAGUUUAACCUAAAAUAUAUAUAUGUCAUAAUUUAUUCAGCUUCAUAUCAUUCAAAAAUUGUACAGAUCUUCUGUGGAAUACAAAAGAGGAUAUUUUUGAAAACAUCUAGGAUUGUUUGGUUACAAAUGUUCUUCAAAAUAUGUUUUGUGUUCUGGAGAAGAAAGUCGUACGGGUUUGGAAUGGCAAGAACUUUAAUUUUGGGCUGAACUGUCCCUUAUCUGAAAUGUACAAACAUUGCUAUUUGUUUACAUGUAAGCAGGCUAACGCUUUUUAUAAGAAUGUCGUUUUAAAUAUACGUUAUACAUAAAUGUAUAUUGUAUAAUUUAAGAUUUAAAUGUUUUGUGAAUGGACCAACUUGGGAAAAAUCUAGAGACUUGAAGAUUUUUGGUUUGUAUAAAAUAUCUAAACCUGAAAUCAGCCUGAAACAUGUUCAAACGUGAUCACAGAUUAUUGCGCUUUACAGAGAAGUUAAGUUUAAUAUGGGUACAAGGAACAAAUGAGGGGGGUGCAAAUGUGAUAUUUGUUAAUAUCAAUGUGUUUGCACUUGAAAUGCAUGAGGGAUAGAAAACAUUCUACAAUUCUAUUUUUGUACAAUCCUAUUGCAUUUCAAUUGUUGCAAUGUUGUAUUGCCUUUGCAUUAUUAAAAACUUGAGACCUUUU